AUGGUGUGCCCCGAAAGCAUCGAAGGUGAUGCGGUGACCUUGGACCGUCUGCAGCCGGUGCGACAACUGAGCAUCAACAGCGCCCGGAGCCUCUAUCGCGAGGUGGGUUUCUUGAUCGACACCUUCGAGAAACCCUGCGUUCUGGCCGAUGCCCUGGUGCCGGACUGUCCGGUGAUUGGAGUCUCAGACAGUUUCGCCAAACUCAGUGGCUACAGCAGGGAUGAGAUCUUGGGACAGAAUUGCAGGUUCCUCUUGAAGGACGUGCCGGGCUGCCGCAUUUCACGGUCCGGGCGGCGGAAUCUGCGGUCCAUGAUCCGCAUGUGCAGGUUGAUUGGCUUGUCGAACAUGGGAAGCACCAGCUGCUGCCAAACCAAUCGGAAGCGUGAUGGUAACACCUUCCUCAACAUGUUUGCCGUGGGCCUGGUCUUACUGAAUGAACAUCCUUUCCUCGUUGGGGUGCAAUGUGAGAUGGCCUCAGAUGAGUCCAUGACACAGGUGAAACAGGACCAGCACGCAUUCAUCGAACAGAUCCGUGUGAUCCUGCAGCAGGGGCUGUCAGAGAAGGCCACCACCUUGCUGACCAAGGAGAACUUCCUGCUCGCGUCGCAUCACCGUGCGCCGGUCGUUCAGCAGGAUCACACGGUCCGUCAGCGCUUUUGGCGAAAAGGCGGGGCCCGCGAGGUGGUCAUCAGCGAGAAUCCCAUCCGUCGCACUCGACAAGGGCUCUUCUUCGCGCUUCGGAUGGAAGGUGUCUUGCGCGAUGGAUGGCACACGAGCUGGCCCAUGUUGGGUUUGUCGACCAUCUCUCCCGAAGACAUGCAGCGAGACGGAUAUCCCUUGCGUGCGGAAUGGUGUGGAAAGAGCGUGUGUAUUGGAGGUGAAUUCCAGGCCUUUGUGCGGGAGAAGGAGCAACACUUCCAUGGAACAUCUGCCUUGGAGGAGGAACUCCAGAAGUUCGAGGGACCUCAGCCGCGUUGGCGCAAUCGUCCCACUACACCAUGGGACCUCGGGGAAGGCGAUGUCAUGGGCAUGCUAUAUGCGCCCAAUGGAGACAUUCACUUGAUGUUGAACUACGAGACCGUGCUCACGGUGUCGACUGGGAAACCUUUGGAACAGAAGGACUACUAUGCCUUGGUCGACUGUCGGGGUCAAGCGUACGAGCUGAUGUUGCUGCCCUAUGAAAUGCCUGUAGUGGGCUACAUGCAAGAGCUGGCACUGCAACCGUUGAUCAGCCACAAGGUGGUAGACCAUGUGGCCCGCGCAGCUGCGAGUCUGGCGGUGGCGGAAUGUAGCUUUUCCGUGUCCAUCGCGGAUCCUUCACAGCCAGAUAUGCCACUCGUGGCGGUUUCUCCUGCCUUUGAGACGAUGACAGGCUACCCAUGCGCUGAGAUUGUUGGCUUGAAUUGCCGCUUCUUGAACCACGACUGUGAGAUGAGCUUCUCGGAGCGAGUGAAGUUGCGGCGUGCGUGUCAGACAGGCAAACCCUUCACUGGGCUCUUGCAGAACCGUCGCAAGACGGGCGAACUCUUUGUGAACCUUCUGGACAUGCGUGGCUUGUGCGUGGCGAAGGAUGCCGAGACAGGCGAAGAUAUCUGGUAUUUGGUGGGUAUCCAGUCAGAUGUUACGGAUCUGGUGAACCGCGACGGCACGGCGGAGAUCAAGAAACGGCAUGCCGAAAAGCUGCGAGGAGUGGCUGAGAAUCUCAGGAGAGAACUUCCGAAGGUCUUUGCUGAAGUGGCUGUAACCUCGCGCCACAGCAUGCUAGAGACCCCCGAAGAGACUGCGGAGAAGGAGGUUUCCAACACCACGAAAGAGACAGGUGACGCUGUCGUGGUGCCAGCAGUGCAGGGUGUGCAGGCAGGGCCCAAGCCAUGCAACGUGCCAAUGAUUGCAUUAGUGGAACCUGACUGGCUGAAGUAUGACAGCGUGGAUGAUGAUAGCGAACCCGAACAGGUGGACCUGCGGGCCAAAAAGCUGCCGGCCGCGUUACGUGCUGGCCAUGUGCAGAGGCCAAACUUCCCAGAGUCCAUUUCAGUCUCCUCCUUCGGUCUGCGCUGGAACUCUAUACCGAUCUUUGCUGCCUUUGUGCUGGGUUUGGGAUCGACUGUCUUGGGUCAGUUCUUUGUAAAGCGCUUCCGCUUGGGACAGUAA